ACUGCUUUUGCGUUGGUUAGUACGAAUUGGCAUCAGUGUUCAACUAAUCCAGGUGAAAACCUUGCAUGAGAUAUAUCCAGAAUCAUAUGCAUUUCUGCGGCUGGGGAUCAAAAUGUGACUCACGUCAAAACAACCCGCAGACCAAAACUAUUAAUAUGGCGUUUUCAAUUCAGGCCACAGCUGCUCUUUCUAUUCUUUAUGUUCAUAUUGAUGGGCCGAUGGUGCAUGUUGCGCUUUACUACUGCCGUGAUGUUUUGCCAGUGUUGAUGACUGCUAAUGACGUAUUUUGUUGCUGCAAUCUCCACACGGUCAAUUGCUGAUGCCUGGUUAGUGUAUUAAUGUUGAAUUUCUCGAGGGUCAUUGGAUAAAAUGGAUUAUAC